CCCGGAUGUUAAGAAAAACAAAAAAUACUGCCAAAAUACUGCAUACAAAACAGCAAAACGAUAUAGUAUAGAUGAUUGAAUAUACUAGAAGGCUCUACAUAUACAUUGAAGAAUGGGAAAGAUUAAGAGUUUCAAGAUCGUCUUUAAUAAUCACAGUAAUGCCGUAAGAGCUGGGGAGUCACUCAGUGGCCAUGUCUACACAGACUUGGAAAACCCACUUAAAAUCAAAGGGAUAACAGUGAGGUUAUUAGGAAAAGCCAAAGCCAAGUGGCAGCGAGGUUCAGGACGUUCCCGAGAAACUUACAAGAAUUCCGAAACUUACUUUAAUAAUACUUUUGUUGUGUUCGGUAAUGAUUCGCAUCAUACAGAGACUGUUGUCUUAGAAGCUGGAACAACACGCCAUGCUUUCAGUCUCCAUAUGAAACCUACAUUGCCAUCAACCUUUGAGGGAGGAUAUGGUUCAGUGAGGUACACAGUCAAGGCAACCAUUUUUAAACCAUGGAAGGCUAAUGUGUCCACCAAACAAGCAUUCAGUGUUGUUAGUAUGCUUGACCUAAAUUGUAUGACUGAAAUAAGGGUUCCAAAAACUAAAAGUACAGAACGGGAGAUAACAUGCUGUUGUUUUAACCGUGGAAAGGUUCGCGCUAGUGUGAUGCUCAAUAGAUGGGGCUAUGUUCCAGGGGAAGCUAUUUUGAUUAACGCCGAAGUAUGUAAUGAGAGUUCAGAGAAGGUCACGAAUGUGAGGGCUGCUCUUUAUCAGCAUGUAGUAUACAAAGGUGUUCGAAAUGCGAUAUUCUUAAUGGAGCGAGAUCGUACUAAGGAUGAGUGGAAACUGGUGGCUAGUGUUGCAAAGGGGGGUGUCGAGGCAGGGGGAACUCAGGUGUGGAGGGAUGAAGGUCUCACUAUUCCACCCGUACCUCCCUCCCAUCUACUUGGUUGUGCCUUCAUUGAUAUUAAAUACACUUUACUGCUGCAAGUACACACAGAAUCAGAAUUCUCACAAGCCAUAGAGCUCCCCCUUACAGUUGAGAUUGGAACUAUACCACUCCUGAAUUUGUUCUCUCCGCCAUCUUACAACCAUCUAGAGGGUCCAAUCAUAAGCCAGCCAGCAGCUGUACCAAUACCACCUGGUCAGGAGUACCUCAGGCCACCAACAUACGAGGAAUCAUUCGGUGAUGCAAUUCCCAGUGCCCCACCAUCCUAUGCCGAGUGUGUCUUUGGCCAGGUUAAUACUCACGAUGAUGAGGAUGAGACAGAGCUAGGGGAUUCAGUCAACUAUGCUCCAGUGUAUACAUUCUACCGUAAUCCACCACCACCUUCACGUAACGCAUCAUACACUAACAAUGCACUCAUUGCUCCGACACUUACGGGGGAGGGUGCUACGGUGCAAUCAGACCAUUCACUUGGUCCAUCAACUAGUAUGGGGGUACAACCCAUUACUACACAACCACAAGUGAUGCAACCAUUACCAACUGAUCCAAGUGCAAUUACUAUUGAUACAAACGUUAACUCGGCUGAACUUUCACCUGAGUAUGCGAGUGAACCAGGAGCAAUUGAGUUCACAGCUAGACCAGAACAGGAGCCCCAGACUGUGCAGAAUACUGCAGCUAUCUCUGAUAUUACUCACCUCUAAAAAUAGACCAAAUGAACAAAGUGGUCCCAUAAUAAUAGUCCCAUAAUAACAGUGGUGUUGGGAAGUUUAUUUAAUCCUCCAUUGAUUGUCAAUUAUUUCAUAAUUGGUCAAAUACGAAAAAAGACGUAAAAGACCAACUACUGUACUUCUGCUUAAUUUGGCGCUACUUAUUUUGGCAGAUUUGCUGUUUUGA